UAAUGAGCUCCCCCGGGAGGCCGAGCAGCGAGCCCGGCCCCAAGCGAGGAAGCUGUGCCGCGCGCACAGCGCCAGGGCGGGAGCCGGGCCUGGGCGGCGGGCGGGAAGCGGCCGGGGGCGCACGGGCGGCGCUGCGGGCCGCCCGGGAGCCGCGGCGAUGGCAGUCCAGGCGGCGCUCCUCAGCACGCACCCCUUCGUCCCCUUCGGCUUCGGGGGCUCCCCUGACGGGCUGGGAAGCGCCUUCGGAGCCCUGGACAAGGGUUGCUGUUUCGAGGACGAGGAGACCGGGACACCGGCGGGCGCGCUGCUGGCGGGCGCCGAGGGCGGGGACGUGCGCGAGGCCACCCGCGACCUGCUCAGCUUCAUCGACUCGGCGUCCAGCAACAUCAAGCUGGCGUUGGACAAGCCCGGCAAGUCGAAGCGGAAGGUGAACCACCGCAAGUACCUGCAGAAGCAGAUCAAGCGCUGCAGCGGCCUCAUGGGCGCCGCGCCCCCGGGCCCGCCCUCCCCGGGCGCCGCCGACACGCCCGCCAAGCGGCCGCUUGCCGCAGCCAGCGCCCAGACGGUCCCGGCCCAGGCCCACGGCAAGGCGGGCCCCCGGCGGGAGGCGUCGCAGGCCGCGGCGGCCGCCAGCCUGCAAAGCCAGAGCCUGGCCGCGCUCUUCGACUCGCUGAGCCACGUCCCUGGGGCCGCAGAUCCUGCAGGGGUUGCGGAGGCGGCGCCCGCGGCCGGGCUCGUGGGAGCGGGCGCUGGGGGCGUGGGAGGGGACGCGGCCGGCCCCGCAGGGGGUCCGGCCGUCCCCGGCGCCAGGAAGGUCCCGCUGCGGGCCCGCAACCUGCCCCCGUCCUUCUUCACCGAGCCGUCACGGGCGGGCGGCGGCGGGUGCGGCCCGUCGGGGCCCGGCGUGAGCUUGGGCGACCUGGAGAAGGGCGCCGAGGCCGCGGAGUUCUUCGAGCUGCUGGGGCCCGACUACGGCGCCGGCUCCGAGGCGGGCGUCUUGCUCGCCGCCGAGCCUCUCGAUGUGCUCCUCACCGGAGCCGCCGUCCUAAGGGGACCUCCGGAGCUGGAGACCGGCCUCUUUGAGCCGCCACCCGCGAUGGGGGGGAGCCUACUGUACCCCGAGCCCUGGAGCGCCCCGGGCGGCUCCACGACCAAGAAGUCACCCCUGGCUGCCCCCCGCGGUGGCUUGACCUUGAACGAGCCCUUGCGCCCCCUGUACCCAGCCGCCGCGGACUCUCCGGGCGGGGACGACGGGCCCGGCCUUUUGGCCUCUUUCACCCCCUUCUUCUCAGACUGCACUCUGCCCCCGCCGCCCCCGCCCCCGCCCCCGCCCCCGCAGGUGUCCUACGACUACAGCGCGGGCUACAGCCGCACGGCGUACGCCAGCCUUUGGAGACCGGACGGGAUUUGGGAAGGGGCGCCCGGGGAGGAGGGGGCGCACCGGGACUGACUGCGCGGUACCCUUCUCCCCCAGUGGAGACUGCUGUGGAGGCGGCCGCCUCUGGGUCUCUCCCAAGCCUAGAGAACGAUGGGCAAAUGCACGUGGAGUUGAAACGGGAUUUAAAAAAUUCAGUUAAUAAAAGAAACUUAAGAAAAAGAGAUGAAGAGAAGUUGGGGGUUGUUUUAAUCACAGCCUCGUGUUUAAAAAAAAAAAAGCCGUUGGAAGGUUCUUACCGGAUCAGACAAGCCAAGAAAUCAAGACGGGAUUUGGGGAAUGGGGUGGGGAUGUCGGAAGGGGCAGGAGGUGGUUUCUGUAGCCACCUGUCCCUUCUCCAACUUUUCAUCAAAAGGUCAGUGUAUUUAGUGUGCUUGCCCCCUCCAAACAGUGCCCUGGGCCCUCCCCUCCCCUCCCCUUAGAAUGCGUUAUGAAUUAAAGUCUGUAUUGAAAAGAA